AAGCAUUAUUAAAAUUUAAUUUUCCAUCGUUAAGUGUUAUUGUUUACGAUUAUAAAGAUCCAGAAUUGAAAAUGAGUGUUGAAGAAUGUAAAACAUAUGCUAAAACAAAUUAUAAAGAUUUUCCUGCGUCAUCGCGGACAAUUCAGAGUCUCAUAUUUCCAUCAGCUGUUGAAGAUACAGCAUUAUAA